AUGAUCAGCACGGUGUCUACUGUGAUGAGCCAGGGCCAGUUGGCAAAGGAGCAUGUUCUCCGCGGAACUACUCUUCCCUGCUAUCCCGCAGCGCCAGAAUGCCGCAUAUUGGUCCAAGGUCGUAUGAUGGCUCGCAGAAGGUAUGCCAGAGCUGUGGCGCUGCCGGGCCUCAAGGCACAGCGCCGACGACCGCUCCAGGAACUGCGCGCGCAGGGGGGCCGAACCCCGCCUCGGGGGCAUCCAAGAGGGGGCCAGGAGAUCUCCCGGAUCUCGUGCCCCCCUCUGCUCCUCUCCGUGCGCCCAUUGGCCCGCCCCGCCUCCGCGCGCGUGCCUCGCGGGCGCGGUGCGCUGGCUCCAUGUCUGGGCGGGCGCCCCUCGUCGCCUGGCUGGCCCGGCGGCCCCACGGGCGUGUGCCUCUCCGCCUCCCCUGGGCCGGGCCGCUGCCCUGCCCCCGAGGGCGCCCGCGAGGGCGCGGAGUGA